GAAAGAAAUUCCCACCUUGUAGACCAUCAUUUUUGAAUGGAAUGCAUUUGGAUAGUUAUAACGAGAAAUUGCAUCUUGCUUUUGAAUUUCAGGAUCCUCAACACUAUCAUCUUAAUUCAAUGUUUCAUAGGAGAGGG